CUGUUUUUAUGUAUAUUUUUUUUUCGAUUAUUCGUUCUCUUCAAACCUGACAACAAAAAGCAUAACCAAAUGCCUCAACCAGCUAAAAAGAGAAAAACGACCACCGGAUCGGGCGUUGCCAAUUUCAAAGAAACUCGACAAAAGAUCAGAUCACUCGAAGCCAGUUUGUCUGACAAGUCAAAUCUCAACAACGUUGUUCAGCUCCUUGACAUUGUAAACAACAACAGCAACAAUGCACAAGUCGUUCAUGCUGCUAUCCACGCGCUUCAUCGUGUUUUUUCUCGGUUUUUAACGAACGGCGAUCUCGAUCCGCCAAGCGAUCCUUCGUCAGCCACCGGCAAGGUCACCUUGUGGUUGUCAACCCAGUUCACCAACUACCUCAAGCGGUUACGGCAGCUUUUAUCCGACGACGAACCGGGCCUUCAAGUGCCUGCACUCAAGAUCCUCAUGACGUUGGUAAAGACACAGAGUGAAUACAACAACAAGGUCGCAAACGAUCAACUUCACCCCAUUGUCUAUGCUAUGGUGUGGAACAAAAACUUGAGCACGCCGUUACACAAGGAAUUCGUGGAAAAGUAUGCCAACGCCUAUGAUGAUCUGCGGUAUCACUUUUAUCGACAUGCUGCCGAUACCAUGACCAAGGCACUCGAGAAGACCAAGUCGCCAGCCGAUUUGAGACGUUUGGCACAGAAUGUGUUUAGUAUUGUCCAAGACAUUCAUUCCAUGCCAACGGAACAAUCCGAGGUUGACGAGUUCUAUAUCGAGACCGCUGAUCUGAAGGCUGCUAUUGCUGCAAAGAAGAAGAGAAGUGGCGGUGAUGACGACGAUGAAGAUGCUUUAUUGCUGGGUGACUCUGGUCUGGUGUCGGAUGAAGAAGAGGAGGAGUCUACGGAAAAGACAUCCAAGAAGAAGGACAAGAAAAAGUCACCGGUGCUUCAGCUCGAUCAUCACAGACGUGCAUUUCAGUCCUGCUGGAUUGCGCUGCUGAAGCUGCCGUUGACUGAGGAAAUAUACAAAAAGACACUUUUGUUCUUGCACAAACGGAUUCUGCCACAUUUGAGAGAGCCACGGUUCCUAAUGGACUUCUUGACGGACUCGUACAAUGUUGGCGGAUCUGUUAGCUUGUUGGCUCUCAAUGGUCUUUUCGUUCUCAUCACCGAAUACAACCUGGACUAUCCUGAUUUCUAUCCCAAAUUAUAUACACUCUUGGACCGCGAUGUCAUGCACGUAAAGUACCGGUCAAGAUUCUUCCGGUUACUUGAUAUCUUUUUGUCAUCUACAUUACUACCUGCAAACAUGAUUGCAGCAUUCAUCAAGCGUCUUGCUCGUCUCUCGCUCACCGCUCCACCAGCAGCAAGUGUCAUCAUCAUCCCCUUCAUUUACAAUCUCCUGCGUCGCCAUCCUAUCUGUAUGAAGCUGAUCCACAAGAACGAUGCUGGCGGUGAAGCAGAAGACCCAUAUGAUUUCAACCAAAAGAAUCCAUACGAGACCAAGGCCUUAGAAUCAUCCCUCUGGGAAAUACAGACUCUGUCCGAACACUACUACGCCAAUGUCUCUACACUCGCCAAGAUUUUCUCUGAAAAGUUCUUAAAACCAAAGUAUAACCUAGAAGAUUUUAUGGAUCAUACGUAUUCAACGUUUUUCAAAACCGAGAUUGAACGCAAACGGAAACGAGAGCCAGCUAUGGCUUUCGAGAAGCCAGAGUCAUGCGAAUGGACUUUGUAAUUGUAGUAGUGUAG